AUGAAAUUUCUUCAGACUUACAAGUCAUGCUCAUUAAUUGGACUAAUAAUAUCGCUAGCCAGUAAGAUAAAUCUUGCAGAAGCAAAAAGGAAACUGGUAGCGACAUCAUUAGUCACAUGUAUGGAAAACUCUCAGCUGUCAGCAAAUAGUUUUGACGUUGUCUUCGAUCCAGACGACAGAUCGCUACAUUAUAAUCUUGAUAUGUCAACACAGAUUGAUUCUUAUAUUUACGCUGAUAUUGAUGUCUACGCAUAUGGUUUCAAGAUCAUUACUAAAAACGUCGAUCUUUGUUCAAUCAAUUGGAAGCAGUUUUGCCCGGUUCACCCAGGUAAUAUUCAGAUCGACUCUAUUGAAUACAUUUCUAGCAAGUACGUAGAUGACAUUCCUGGUAUUGCAUACCAAGUCCCAGAUAUCGACGCAUAUGCUAGGGUCAAGAUCACUAAUAAUGUGAGUGAUUACCUAGCAUGUAUUCAAAUAUACUUCUCCAAUGGUAAGACAGUUUCUCAGAUUGGUGUAAAAUGGGCAACUGCAGUGGUAGCGGGAAUUGGUCUUUUACUAUCGGCCAUCCUAUCCACUUUUGGCAAUUCUACCGCAGCCUCACAUAUUUCUGCCAACACAAUGUCGCUUUUCUUAUAUUUCCAAUCGGUUGUUGUGGUCGCCAUGCAGCAUGUUCAUCGAGUUCCACCUAUUGCUGCAGCCUGGGCGGAAAAUUUGGUUUGGUCAAUGGGCUUAAUUAGAAUCUCUUUCAUGCAAAGGAUCUUCCGGUGGUAUGUACAAUCCACUGGCGGCACACCUAGUCUGUACUUGACCUCGACUUCUAUGUCUGUUUUGGCUCAAAGAAGUUGGGAAUAUUUGAUGGAACUCCCAUUAAUGAAAAGAGCUACCAACGUUUUAUAUGGUAAUGCGAAUACAUUAAUUUUUAGAGGAAUCAAAAGGCUGGGCUAUAAAAUGGGGAUUGAAAAUACAUCCAUAGUUUGUACCGGUUUCACAUUCUUCGUUUUAUGUGGAUAUGUACUGGCUGGAUUUAUCAUGGUGGUCAAAUGCUGUGUGGAAUUAGCUGUCAGACUGGGAUGGAUCCAAAAGGCAAGGUUUUGGGGAUUCAGGAAACAAUGGAAAAUGAUUUUAAAGGGCGCUAUUUUAAGAUACAUUUACAUCGGUUUCGUUCAGUUAACAAUCCUCAGUUUUUGGGAAUUUACUGAGAGAGAUUCCGCUGCUGUGAUCGUCAUCGCAUGCCUUUUUAUUCUUUUAUCAUGUGGGUUAAUGCUUUGGGCUGCAUGGAGGACUGUUUUUUUCGCAAGAAGAUCUGUUGCGUUGUACAACAACCCAGCAGCCUUGUUGUAUGGUGAUGAAUACGUCUUACACAAAUAUGGAUUCUUUUACACAAUGUUCAACGCUAAUCGUUACUGGUGGAAUAUUGUCCUUUUAUCCUACAUUUUUGUAAAAUCAUUAUUAGUUGGAUUUGCUCAAGCUUCCGGUCAAACACAAGUUCUUUUCAUGUUUAUAUUAGAUUUGUUUUACUUUGUUGCUAUUAUCUACUACAAGCCCUACCUGGACCGUCCAACAAACAUAAUGAAUAUUUUAAUUGCUACUGUUACCGUAGUCAAUUCAUUUCUUUUCAUGUUUUUCUCGGACUUGUUUAACCAAAGCUACAAGGUAGCUGCCAUUAUGGGAUGGAUAUUUUUCAUCAUGAACGCUGCAUUCUCGUUCAUUUUAUUAUUGAUGAUAUUGGCAUUCGCUGGUAUGAUGCUUUUCUCAAAGAAUCCCGAUCUAAGAUUUAAACCUGCUAAGGACGAUAGAACUUCUUUCCAAAGGAACACCAUGAAACCAGAAGGUAUUGUCAACAGAUCCGCAGCAAACGAGUUGCUUGCGCUGGGCAAUGUUGCAAAAGAUCAUAACGAUAAUUCGGAUUACGAAUCAAAUGAUACUGGUGUAAAUGAUGAACUAAAACAAGGACAAGAUGAAACCACUCCCACAACCGUAACAUCAAGUGAUGACUACAAGCCUACAUUUUCAGAGAAAAUAUUGAGUAAAUUCACAAGACCUAAGAAUAACAAUACGAGCACAGAUGCUUUGAGAGUUGAAACUCCCAAUCAACAAAUGUUUCCUCACAAUUUAACGAAUCUCUCACGCGAAAAUCUAUCAACAUUAGGCUCUAAACCAUAUCCAGGGCACACUAGAUCACAAUCUGAUGCACAUAAUGGAUUGAUCAACUCCUUUGAAGAAGAAGAUACAAGUUCAAAUACUGAUCCAUUUCAUGACUCCACAGAAGGAGACCUUUUAGAUACCUCAAGUUCAGACGGAGGAUUUAGGUCGCAAAACUAUGUUAGAGAUGACAGCAUAAAUAGUUUAGGAAAUAAUAAACAACCACUAAGGAAACCUCCCGGAUUUUUCGAUGAAGGAUUCAUGUGA